AUGCCCCGGCUGUGCCGAGGCCUCUCCCUGCUCGCGGGAGCCUCGGUCAGGAAUAUAUGUUGUGACAUUUUUCUGCAUGUAACUUUUCUUGUUUAUUUCAGAAAUGAGGGUUCAUUGACAUCAACUUUAAGAACACUUCUGUUCUUCACAGCUUUAAUGAUCACAUUGCCGGUUGGGCUGUAUUUUUCAUCAAAGGCUUAUAUAUUUGAAGGUACCUUAGGAAUGUCCAACAGAGACAGCUAUUUUUAUGCUGCCAUAGUUGCUGUAGUUACUGUUCAUGUGGUACUUGCUCUGUUUGUGUACGUGGCUUGGAAUGAAGGUACUCGACAGUGGCGGGAAGGCAAACAGGACUAAAACGAAAA